UUACUUACCUAUUCGCUCGGUUUUCUAUGUGGUGGGAUUGCUGUUGUUUCCCCUGUCUGAUUUGGCCGCCGUCAGUGCUUUGACCACUGUGUAUGUCAGGCUGCUUCGUGCGUUGCGCGUUCACCCUGCGUAUGCCAGUGGAUUUGUGGCGUUAAAUAUACUAAGUUAGCUAACGUUUGCUACAAUUUCUAACCGAGUGAAGGGUAAUGUUAACUUAUCGACUUUCAAUACAAUUGGGUGCGGCGGUCCCCUGUGAAGAAAAAAGGUUUUUUUCACGCGGUGGUUGAGGUUUUUUGCCUUUUGUAUUUCUUCGCGUGUUGUGUGGACAUUUUGGAUUCUAAUUUUUUUUAAUUAGUUUUACAUUUUACAGGAAGAAACCGUGAACCCAUUAUCUCUUCGUGGUACUGCAAUGUAGCUAGCUCGCUGGAGAAGAUAUUUUAAUCCAGUUUAUCUUUACUGUUCCGGGAAGUUAUUUUCAAGCGUCAGUGCAACUCGGACAGAUCACUAUAGCUACCAACUUCGAAAGGAUUGGGCUCAGUGAAAAGAAUGCGCUAACUAGCGGGCUAGCUAGCUUGUUGCUAGCUAGCACUAGUUAAUAUUCAGUUACGUGUUUAACGCUAGCUAAGUGGAUACGAAUUCAGAUUAACGGCAGAUGUUUAGUUCUUAUGUAGUCUUACUCUGAAGAACACUUCCGUGGAUUUUAAACAUCUCAUAGGACCGUACUGUCAAUGAGAAAGCGCUUGGAUACCUAAUCUUAAGUGCCUGAGGAUGACGAGCAAGCGGAACCUGUUCGUGCGGCUGGUGCCGUGCCGCUGCCUGCGGGGGGAGGAGGAGACGGUGACGUCGCUGGACUACUCCCACUGCAGCCUGGAGCAAGUGCCCAAGGACAUCUUCAGCCACGAGAAGACCCUGGAGGAGCUCUUCCUGGACGCCAACCAGAUCGAGGACCUGCCCAAGCAACUCUUCAACUGCCAGUUGCUCUAUCGACUGAGCAUGCCAGAUAAUGACAUCACGGUGCUGCCCGCGGCGAUCGCAAACCUCAUCAACCUCAGGGAACUUGACGUCAGCAAGAACAGCAUCCAGGAGUUUCCAGAAAACAUCAAGAACUGCAAGGUGUUGGCAAUCGUGGAAGCGAGCGUGAACCCCAUCUCAAAGCUCCCAGAAGGCUUCACCCAGCUGCUCAGCCUCACUCAGCUGUAUCUGAACGAUGCCUUCCUGGAGUUUCUGCCAGCCAAUUUCGGCAGGUUGACCAAACUUCAGAUAUUAGAACUGAGAGAGAACCAGUUGAAGAAUUUGCCAAAAAGCAUGCACAAGCUGACCCAGCUGGAGCGACUAGACCUGGGGAGCAACGAGUUCGCGGAAGUGCCUGAGGUUCUGGAGCAGCUCACAGGAAUCAAGGAGCUGUGGAUGGAUGGAAACAGACUGACUUUCCUCCCUGGGAUGAUGGGGACCCUGAAGCAGCUGUCCUAUUUGGACGUGUCCAAGAACAAUCUGGAGAUGGUGGAUGAGCAGAUCUCUGGCUGUGAGAACCUGCAGGACCUCCUCCUGUCAAACAACGCCCUGACCCAGCUGCCUGGGUCCAUAGGCUCCCUGAAGAAAUUAACGGCGCUGAAGGUGGAUGAGAACCAGCUCAUGUACCUGCCCGACUCCGUGGGAGGCCUGACGAUUCUGGACGAGCUGGACUGCAGCUUCAACGAGAUCGAGGCCCUGCCCUCCUCCAUCGGCCAGUGCGUCAACGUGCGCACCUUCGCCGCCGACCACAACUUCCUCACCCAGCUGCCCGCGGAGAUGGGCAACUGGAAGAGCGCCACCGUCCUGUUCCUGCACUCCAACAAGCUGGAGACCCUGCCGGAGGAGAUGGGGGACAUGAGCAAGCUCAAGGUCAUCAACCUGAGCGACAACAAGUUGAAGAACCUUCCCUUCAGUUUCACCAAGCUGAGCCAGCUGACUGCCAUGUGGUUGUCGGAGAAUCAGUCGAAGCCCCUCAUCCCCCUGCAGAAGGAGGAGGACCCGGAGACGCACAAGACGGUGCUCACCAACUACAUGUUCCCCCAGCAAACCCGGACCGACGACUACAUCCCGAACUCGGACAACGAGAGCUUCAACCCGUCGCUGUGGGAGGAGCAGCGCAAGCAGAGGGCACAGGUGGCGUUCGAGUGCGACGAGGACAAGGACGAAAGAGAGGCGCCCCCGCGGGAGGGGAACCUGAAGCGGUACCCCACCCCGUACCCCGAGGAUCUGAAGAACAUGGUGAAGACGGCCCAGUCGGUGGCACAUCGCCUGAAGGAGGACGAGUCCGGAGACGAGCCGGGCAGAGAGAGGGUGCACGUGGGCGUGCGCAACGUCGGAGUCAAGGUCAUAGAGAACGCCUGCAGCAACGGCAGAGCGCUGGAGCUGGCGAGCAGUGAGCCUGUGGACAGCCUGGGUAACAGCCUGGGUAACAGCCUGGGUAACAGCGUGGCUAACAGCCUGGCUAACAGCGAGCUCGACCCCUCCGACACGCACAUCGUCCCGCUGAAGGCCUCCGACAGCCCGAGGGCCCCGCUGCACCGCGAGGACACGCUGGAGGACUCGGAAGAUCUGUCCUUCGAGGAAGAGGAGGAGAUGAAGAUCGCCGAGAUGCGGCCCCCGCUGAUCGAGAUCUCCAUCAACCAGCCCAAGGUGGUGGCGCUCAGCAAGGACAAGAAAGACGAUGGCAAGGACGCGGACUCGCUGCUGGACGAGACGGUGGCCAACAGCAACCAGAACAACAGCAACUGCUCGUCGCCGUCGCGCAUGUCCGACUCGGUGUCCCUGACCACCGACAGCAGCCAGGACGCCUCCCUGUGCACGCCCGAGAGGGAGACCAAAAUGCUCCUGGAAACCGCCAACAGGCGUGAGGAUGAGAACCUGAACGAGCUGCAGGAGAGCGCCCCGCUGCUGCAGAACGGGAACGGGCCGGACCCGGCCCUGCCGACCCUGCUGCGGGGCCGGCGGGACUACGAGGCGGGGCCCGAGCGGACCGCCGGCGGCUUCCCGCUGUCCGUGGAGGAGCGGCUGGCGCUCAUCCAGAAGGGCGUGGACCUGAAGAACGGCGUGGGGGACCCCUACACGGCGUGGGAUCAGAUCAACAUGAACGUGGCCGAGCCGGACAACGCGCCGCGGCCUGGGGGCGUGGCCGAGGACGCGUCGGCGCUCAACAACAACUACGAGCGGCCCGCCGCCCCCCAGCUGGAGAACGGGAACCGGCAGCCCCCCCCCGCCCAGGUACGCCCCCGCCGACCGCUGCGACGGGCGCCCCGGCGAGGCCCCCCCGCCGCCGGCGACCUUCCCCUGUCCCGCAGCUCCGAAGAGCUCUCCCCCCAGAGGAGGGGCGGCCCCGCCCCCCACGCCGUGGUCAAGUCCCACAGCGUCACCAACAUGGACACGGGCAUGAAGCUGUACUGCAUGGACCCCGAGGGCGGGGCCUGCGAGCCCCCGGGGAGGGGCCCCGUGGAGAGGGGCCCCGGGGCCUGCGCGCAGGGCCAGAGCAUCGUGCGCAGCAAGUCGGCCUCCCUGCUGAGCGAGCAGCCCCUGCAGGUGUACCCGGGGUCCUCGGCGUCCUCCUCCGACCUGCUGUCCGCCUCCAAGCCCCCCGGUACGAGGGCCGGGCGGCCGCCCCCCCCCCAGUACAACGUCCAGUACGCCAGCAGCACCAUGCCCAAAGACGGCCUGUGGACCCAAAGGACGCCCGUCCCACCCGAGCAGUACCUCCCUCCCCAGCACUCGCUGGCCAACACCAACUACUCCAACCGCAACAACGCCCCGCCCUACCCCCUGCAGCCACAGCGGGGCCCGCCCAAGGACCGCCUGCUGGCCCCGGGGCCCCCGCGCGGCUCCCUCCAGCGGCAGGGCAGCGGCUCGUCCGCCGCGUCCGAGUACGCCACGUACCGCGGGCCCCCCCCGCCGCAGCAGCGGCCCCUGUCCGCGCGCACCUACAGCGUGGACGGCCCCGGGGCCCCCCGGCCCCAGAGCGCGCGGCCCCCCGCCCACGAGCUGCCCGAGAGGACCAUGUCGGUGAGCGACUUCGGCUACCCGCACGGCAGCCCGGGCAAGCGGCCCAACGUGCGCGUGCGGUCCGAGCACUGCCUGCUGGACGCGCCCGGCGGGGGCAGGGUGCCCGUGGACUGGAGGGACCACGUCAUGCGCCACAUCGAGGCCAAGAAGAUGGAGAAGAACGUGCUGUCUCGGUCCUAUAACCCCUAUUACGCCGCGGCUAGCGGCUCGCGCUAUGGCAGCUGUAGGGACGUGCGUGCCAGCCACGGCUCCCUGGCCUUUAGUGCCGGGGACGGGAGGCCUCACGGAGCCCACUACCUCUGUGACGAGGUUUUCGGGCCCCCCGGACCACAGGGCUACCCUAUGGACUCCCUGAGAAAAGUGCCUUUGUCCAAUGGCCAGAUGUGUCCCGUGAGCCGCGGCCCGGCCCCCAUGGCCCGCCACCCGUCCAGAGAGCAGCUGAUCGACUACCUGAUGCUGAAGGUGUCCCAGCAGCCCCAGGGCCCGCCACGCCCGCCACACGAGGUCCUGCAAGAGGUCCGGGUGAAGAUCGAGAAGAACCCCGAGCUGGGCUUCAGCAUAUCCGGAGGACUGGGCGGCAGGGGAAAUCCUUUUCGUCCAGAAGACAACGGUAUAUUUGUGACCAGGGUCCAGCCUGAGGGACCUGCCUCAAAGCUCCUGCAGCCGGGGGAUAAGAUCCUCAAGGCAAACGGACACAACUUUGUUAACAUUGACCACGGAUACGCGGUAUCUCUGCUGAAGAUGUUCCCCAGCACAGUGGACCUGGUCAUCGUCAGAGAAGUGUCCGCUUAGAGGAAGAGGACUUCUCAGGACACGGGGAGACACAAAACUGAAUGUUCACUUCGUUAUUUUUCUACACAGAGGAGCCAGUUCUACGAUUAUACCUUUGAACUGAAUAUGGUGAAGGACAUCAGAGAUUUGUCAAACGGGACAGAACCACUGUACC